AUGGUGUUUUGGGAUUAUUUUAUUCUAUCUUCAAUAUGUAUUUUUUACUCACUUGCUCAGGGGACAAACAAUGAAGAAAUGGUAGAUAUUGCUGCAAUGGACACCAAUAAUACGGAACUUAUAAAAGGAAUGCCUGAAACUUUGCGUUUUACGCUUAAUACAAUGACCAAUAGAACACCUAUUGUUCUGAAUUUGAAACGUAAGAAGUCGGUUAAAGAAAACAGUUUUGUGUUCGUUGUACGUCGGGAUAAGAACGGGAAAAUGGUACUUGUAAAGGAAAAUAUUCCAGUCAAACGAAAUGUUGGACUUUAUCAAGAUAAGAAAACCGGUGCAGCUUUUACAGUGCAAUGUGAAGGAUUAGAACAUGGACGUUGCAAUCCAGUAUUGUUUGGCAGUAUACAUAUUGACAAUGUAGAGUACGAUUUAUCGGAGAUAUCAACAGCAGAUAUGUCAUCCACUACAACUGCAAGUCCAGUAGCGAGACGAAAGAGGCGUGCAAAAAAACAAAAAGACAAGCAUAAAAAGAAACAAGACAAGAAAGAGAAAAAAGAACGAAAAUGGAACGAAAAACAAAAGAAAAAGGAAGAAAAAAAGCAACGCAAAAUGAAAAGAAGAAUUUACAAACUCACCAAAAAAAAUAAAAACAACUGGUUUGAUGAUGAUUUAAAAAUAUUUGACAACCAUGUUACCAAUAACAUCAUAAGAAAGGAGACCAGUCAACCACUUGGUAGAGCUAUGCCAUUAAGAAUGACUGAAAACAUUGUUGAUAUUUCGAAAGAGAAACUUCCGGUACUGGGACGUACAGUUGUAUCUUCAAGUCGAUCACGUGUAAAUGUAGCAGCAGACGACACUUACAAUGUAGAACUUCUUUUGGUGAUUGAUCAUUCCAUCUAUAUGAGAGAAUAUAAUGCGAUCAACGACCCUGGUGUUUUUAAUAAAGAUAUGGAAGCAAAAGCGAGAAUUCGACAAUAUUUUGGCCACACUGUGAAUGGAAUAAAUUUACGAUAUGACAACAUUGAAACAAACAAGUUUCACAUCAAUGUGGCGGUGUCCGGAUAUAUCAUUGCUGAUAAACCAGAUAUUGCUGUGUGGACAGCUAAACGAUCAGCCGGUAACCCUAGAGAUUUGGUCGACUCAGACGACGCGCUCGAUCUGUUACGUUCUUGGAGAAUGGAGGUAUCACAGCUACCAGAGCAUGACCAUCUGAUGUUGUUCACUGCCUAUGAUCUGUACCGUUACAGAACCGCUGACAAUAAAGUUACAGGCCUGGCAUCAUUUAGAGCUAUGUGUUCAGCAAGUAGUGUCUCAAUAGUGGAGGACAAUGGUGUUCAUGGUAGCAUUAGUACUGGUACCCAUGAGUUGGCACACAGUCUCGGAGCCAGACAUGACGGAAGUGGAACAAAUAUUUGUUCAUCUAGUUCUCAAUACAUCAUGGCAGGAACAGGAGGAGUUGCAAGGAACGGAAAUGAACUGAAUCCAUGGAAGUUUUCUCCUUGUUCAAUUGACGAGCUUUACUCGUUCCUCUCUGGUCUUGGACCAGGCAGCUGUUUAUCAGAUGAAGCCCUGAUUUAUGAUAUGGACGAAUUUAAUCAAGUAACUCGCAAUGAAAUCGGACAGAUUUAUGAUGCAAAUGAACAAUGUAGACAACGUGCUGGAAAGGACUCUUUUUAUGGUUGGGGUGGUGGUCUUGGAGAGUUCACAGAUAUUUGUACAUCAAUGGCAUGUAAAAGUGAUACAUCAAAGAAUAGUUAUCUUAUAUAUACAGCAGCUAGAGGAACUUCUUGUGGAAAUCAGAAGUGGUGUUUAAAUGGUUUGUGUGCAAGUGACCCGGAUGCUCCAGAGAAGGAUGAAAAGUGUGUUCACGGAGACUCGCAAAAAUUGUUUGAUGGACAAACAUGUCCCCAGUUGAUAAGUGAUGAUCCCAGUAAAUGUUACGAGAAAUAUUACAAAGAAUUUUGUUGUCAGACCUGUAAAAAUAUUGCUAAGCCAAUACCAGGUUGUGAGUAUGGAGAUAAGAAUAGCUUUUGUUCGACUACAUCUAAGCGGCCACAUUUAUGCUACAGUCAAAGGAAUUCCGAGAUUUGCUGUGAUAGCUGCCAGUCAUUAAACACGGGUUACCAAGGAUGUGAAUAUGGAGAUAAGGUUCAUGAGGUACUUGGAGGAACAUGUUACAAAUGGAGAUGUUCAGGAAACCCAGAUUAUCAGAAGUCCUGUUGUCAAACCUGUGGUAUUAUCCCAGACACCCCAAUAGUUCCUAAAACGACACAGAAACCAAAAAUUGUCCCAGCAACAACAAAACAGCCAAUACAACCUGUGCGACCUCGACCGGUGAUAACAACAAAAGCGCCGACUGUACGGCCCAGACCUCCUAUAAAAACACGACCUCCACCGACAACAAAUAUUACUCCAUCUGGAGAGUUGUGUGUUAGAUCUGAUGGCGUAUUUAGAUCUAUGACAUGUAGUGUGGUGGCUAAAUGGAUUUCCGAUAUAUGUCAGGUUUCUGUAUUACAAGAUGCUUGUUGCGAACCAUGUGCAACUAGAACUAUAGCUAGUGCUUGCCAGGACACCGACACUUGUUCUAAUGUGAAAGCUAUAAACUGCUACGAUAAUUUUGUAAGGGAAAGAUGUUGUGCCACUUGUAAAUCAUUUGAAACUGGAGAUGAAGGCUGUAUGUACGGUGAUAAAUCUAGUAGCUGUACGAGAUAUGUCUUUUUAUGGCCAGACUAUAUAUGUUCCAAACAUCCAGAUAAAUGUUGUAGUUCGUGUAAAAAUAGAUCAUCCCGUAGGUCAACGGUAACUAUACUGUCAAGGAGAAUGGAAAACAGUAUUGCAAACGUCUUGGACAGUCCUCCAACCAAAAGUCCAUUUGUUACAUCAAUCGACAGUAAUAAUAACAUUGAUGCUUCAGUAGGUUUAACUGACCAACCUACAAGAGGUGACCAAAUACCUAUCAAAAAGGAAAAAAAGAAGAAUGACAAAGGAAAGAAUAAAAAAUGGCAAAAUGAAAAUGACAAUUUCAAAGACAAGCACAAUGAUAAGAAAAAAGGAAAAGGAAAAGGUAAAGGUAAACAUAGAAAGCAUUGGCAUAGAAAAGGCGGUAAAUGGAGACACUAUCAUGGUUGAUGUGACAUUUGUGUUUAGUGUGGACGUUCAACAAAUAACAUGUCAUUGUUGUGUAAUGAUAUUAACGUUUGAUGGUAGUACUGUUAGUUGUGUGUAGCAUGGGGCUAGUGGUUGUAUAAUAAUAUAGAUUUGUUUAGCGUCAUUAAAACGUGUGCCAUAAAUAAAAUAAUAUUCAUUGUUUA